AGUAGCGGCAUUCCAACUUACAUCAAAGAAUAUUUGCAAAUCUUCUUCUUUUAUUUUAGUACUGUUUAUGAUGAAAAACUAACAGUAUCAAACCAGAUGUAAGCUGAAUGAUGGUACCUUAGUACAGAUGGAAUAUAUUUUAAAAUAAGGAAACAAGACAAUAAUGGCAGGUGAUUCUAGGAAAAACUUUCUGUUGGCAACAACUGCCAACUACUUUUCUCUUCCCGUUAAUGAUGGUGGUAUCCAAGCAUUGGACAAAUCGCCUGCAUUAAACAGCUUUCUUGAUGAUGGGAAUGUGCCAUUGCUUGCAGCCAGGAAUGAUCCGAGAGGAAAGAGGAUCGAGUUUGUAAAUAAGAUAUUGCCCAAUGACAACAAAGAACAGGCUAUUGUGUUUUUCAAGAUCAGGCCUGAUGUUAUAACUCCCGACAACAUGCACAGCAACAUCAUCAUCUCCUCCAUGGUGGACUCGCCACUCAGCACGCUGUACCACUCCGUUCAGAAGAUGUAUGCACCACUGUUGUUAGAAGAUGGCAAGUGGGGCCGUAACAUUGACCCCAGAAUCCAGAGUCUUCUCAGCGAACUGGAGGCAGGUCUUGGCAGUGCCAUGAGGAAACAAGAUCCGUCUUUCCGUGGGAACGCUGGUGAUGGCGGGGAUGAAAAUCUUGGAAGUAUUCUAACGCCAGUGGAUGAAUUUCAGUACUGGUAUGAAGUUUCUAAGUCGGGAGUGAGUAUGGAUAAGAAAGAGAGAGCUGAGCACAUUCACGAGUUGUUCAAGCCCAUCUCGAAGGACUACGGUGGCCUGGAGUCUAUGGCCCUGGAGGACGCCAUGGAGCUGAUCGACAUCACACAGGACACGCUGGAUGACGUGUGGAAACAGACCGAGCACAACCCAACGUACCCUGAACAACGCAUGAAACACCUCAUGGAAAUCAUCGCUGGUUCUCUGGGUCGAUAUAUUCAACGGAAACUAUCGGAGGAAGACGUGUGGACCGGCCCGUUCAGCUCUGUGCGAGAAGCCCUGCGGUCUGGGAUAGCGAUAUGUGAGAGAUGGAUCAACGCUUGUCAGACACUGACUGCACAGUUCUGGAAGCGAUAUGGACCAAAUCCAUGGAAGGGAGACAAAGUCACUCCAGAUAAUUUGAAGAAACUGGCUGGAAGGCUAGAAGAGAUUUUGUCAAUAAGGACCGUUCAUGAACAGUUACUGCGACUGUUAGGUUCUCAAGAACAGCACGAACUGAGAGUGAACGAAGCCUUCACUCCGUUUCUGGGUCUCAACCCGCUGCAGUACAACCCCUACACUCAGCCUGUGUGGGCUGCUGCCGUAUCACAGUACGAACGGGCCAUGGCACCAGCCGAGCAGAAGAUCGCUGCCAAACUGAGAACACAGUUCCGAGGACUCGAUGGAAACCCACAGCAGCUUCUCCGAGAAUUUCAAAGAUACAAGGAACUAAUAAAGAGACCAAGUAUUAGCAAGGAGAUGCACUCUGAAAGAGAAACAUUGCUUGGCCAGCUAACAGUCCACAUCCGACAGAUCGCUGAAGAUUUCGGUGCCAGAACUGGAGGAAGAAAGCCUAUUCCAAAGGGAAAGAAUUUACCUGAGAUUGUCAACCAAAUCAUUUAUGUGAGGCAACUUGAAGCCAAGGUAGAAGAAACAACUCGUGUGGCCGAAGCACUGCUUGGUGAUUUAACUGGUUUCAAAAAGUUCCACCAGGAGGCGCUGGAUCUUCUGGAGGAGCUGCAGAACUGGCGCAGGGAUCAGUUUGACGAGUGGGCGAGAGAAAUCCAGUCGCUCAUUGAGGAUACUCGGCAGCCACUCAGUCUUGAAACCAAUGGUCGACUGAUGGACUUAAAUCACAAGGACGGAAAGCUGCGCGUCAACUACAGUGACCGCCUGGUGACCCUUCUCCGAGAGGUCAGACAGUUGUCCAGCAUUGGAUUUGCUGUUCCGGCCAAAAUACAACAAGUUGCCAACACAGCUCAGAGAUUUUACAGACACGGAGUCAUUCUUAAGCAGGUUGCUCACUUCUACAACACCAUAGACCAGCAGAUGUUAGCCAGUCAGCAAGCCAUGAUGCUUGAUUCUGCUCUUGCUUUUGAAAGACUUGUGAAGAAUCCAAAAGCUGGUUCCAAGACUUCAGGCGACAAUAUUCAAGUGACGUGGGACAACCCCGAGGAACUGGAGUCGUACAUUCAGAAACUACAGAAGGCUGCAGACCGUCUCACCACAGAAAAUAGAAAACUAAGAAAGUCGCACAAUGUCAUUUGUGAAAAGGUUCAGCAGCUGAUGUCUAUUGACCUGUUGAGACACCAGCAGAAGUGGAAGGAUGGACUCAUGGACAUACGGCAUCUGAUGGCAAACCUUGUUCAGCAGGGUUUCUCUCCUGACAACAUGGUGCCGUGGAAGACGCACUGGGAUCGGCAGCUAUACAAGGCCCUGGAGCAUCAGUACAUGAUGGGGCUUGAGGCACUCAAUGAGAACCUGCCCGAGAUCUGUGUGGAGCUCACAUACAGGCAACAACGUCUACAGUUCCGUCCACCUUUUGAAGAAAUCAAGGCCAAGUACUUCCGUGAGAUGAAGAAAUUUAUCAGUAUUCCAAAACAUUUCCGUGGUACCAGUGAAUCAACAGAGAACCUGGUGUUUCCCGCCAUGAUCGAGAGGAAUGCAGAGGGUUUUGUCACGUGUUACAGAAAAGCUGAUAUCCUGUUCCAUCAGCUUGCUGCCGUUCUUGAUAAGUUUAAAGAUUGGGUUGUGCUAGGAGCUCUGGAUCUUGACCAGUUUGUCCAGGAUAAUCUGGUUCAACUCUCUGACUGGGAGAAAAACUUCAAGGCUCUGAAAGGCAGGGGAAGAGAUGCUGAGAAACUGCCAAGUCAGAUCAAGGUGAACUGCAUCACUGUGAACACGACCCCAGUGAAGGCUGUGAUUGAUGAUCACAUACAGAGACUGUUUGACGCUCUGCUCAACUCACUCCGUAAAGCCAUCGCGGCCGACGUGAACACCAUCGACACCUUCCUCAACACCGCCAUGGAGACACUGUCCAAGCGACCACAGACCGUGGAGGAGAUCGGGGAGGCUAAUGCCAAACACGUCGAGUUCUCAAAACAGAAGAAAGAGAUCCUUCCCCUGUUUGAGAAAACUGAUGCGAAGAACAAGUUGCUGCGCUCGGUGGCUGGUGGUGGAGUGGAGUCCAUCAACCAGCUGCAGGGACGCUGGGACAAGUUCGAACUCAUGAUGGAGAGUCACCAGCUGAUGGUCAAAGAACAGGUUGAAGUGAUGAGAAGCAAUGUGGAUUCGCGUGUGAAAGCUUUCAAACAGGAGGUGGAGAAGUUCACAGCCAGGUGGCACCAGCUGAAACCCGGUGACGACGCGCUGGAAGGAGACCACAAGAAGUGUCUGCAGGCCGUGCAGACCAUCAAGGAGAAGAAGCAGGAGUUCCAGGAGCUCAUCGACACCAAGCAGAAACUUUUAUCUGACUGUAUGCACUUUGACAUGGAGGAACCGGAUCUGUCUGCUGUGGACGAACUCUCCGCAGACCUGACUUCGUACGAAGCCAUGUGGUCACAGUACGAAGAGUUCAACAGCGGCUUGCAGACUCUGGCUAAAGAGGACUGGAUAUCUUUCAGGAGCAAAGCAUACAUGUUUGAAGAGUUUUUGGGUAGCUGGUAUGAGAAGCUGAAGACAUCGGAACCAACGACAAUGACUGUCAGACUUCAGAAAGACAUCGAGAAGUAUAAGAACGUUUUGCCUGUGUUGAAGUGGGUGCGAGGUGAACCUCUCUCACAAGACCACUGGCUGGAGCUGUUCCGAAUCCUACACAUGCCGAAGGGAACCACUCUGGAGAAGCUCACCUUCGGCCAUAUCCUUGAAGCCAGUGAUUACAUCAUCGACAAUGCAGAUGCUGUCAAGGAAUUGAACCAGAGAGCUCAAGGGGAGGUAACUAUCCGUGAAGCAAUUCGGGAACUGGAGCUGUGGGGAGCAGGAGCUGUGUUUUCGAUGACAGAUUACGAAGACAGCAACAAGAACACCAUGCACAUCAUCAAAGACUGGAAGGAUCUUGUCAACCAGGUUGGUGACAACCAGUGCCUGCUGCAGUCGCUGAAAGACUCACCGUACUACAAGAGUUUCGAAGACAAGGCGUCAGUGUGGGAGCAGCGACUGGCCGAUCUCGACGAGUACCUUCACAAUCUCAACCAGAUACAGAGGAAGUGGGUUUACCUAGAGCCAAUAUUCGGACGUGGGGCUCUACCCAAAGAACAAGGCCGGUUCAAGAGAGUCGACGAUGACUUCAGGUCAAUCAUGAUGGACGUGCAUCGAGACAAUCGUGUACUGUCGCUCGUCAGUCGGCCAGGACUACGUAAUCUGCUCACAACCAGUUUGGACCAGUUGCAGAGAUGCCAGAAAUCCCUAAAUGAGUUCCUUGAGGAAAAGCGGUCCUUGUUCCCAAGAUUUUACUUCAUUGGUGAUGAUGACUUGCUGGAAAUUCUGGGCCAGGCUACAAACCCCAAUGUCAUUCAGUCACACCUGAAGAAACUCUUCGCUGGGAUACACAGUGUGGAAUUCGACGAAGCGUGCAGUCACAUUCUCGCCAUGAAAUCCCUCGAAGGUGAAGUUGUACCUUUAAAGAGAAAAGUCAAGAUCACACCUGAUGUCGAGGUGUGGCUGGGCAAGCUGUCUGAUGAGAUGAAGGACACACUGCGAGAGUUGCUCCGUGAAUGUCUCCAAGCAAGUCGAUCCAGUCAAGGUGGACUCGACCCCAACAAGUUUCCUGCACAGAUUUUAUGCCUGGCUGAACAAAUUCGAUUCACGGAGAAUUGUGAAGAAGCUCUGAAGCGAAAUGGUUUGCGUUCAUUUUGCUCAGAAAUGGAAAACCAGCUUGAGUCAUAUACAUCAGUUGACCUUGGGGCCAGUUCCUCAGAAGGUGAAGGACAUGUCCUUGACCUUAAACUUAAGUCCCUCAUCCUUGAUACAAUUCAUGCCAUCGAUAUGGUUCACAAGUUGAUGAACACUCAAGUGCACAGUGUUACAGAAUGGGAAUGGCAAAAGCAGCUCAGAUACUACCUGCGGAAGGAUGGUUUGUGCUGCAUGAGAAUGGUGGAUGCCGAGUUUGAGUACACAUACGAAUACCAAGGCAACGCUCAGAAGUUGGUGCACACACCACUCACAGACAAGUGUUACCUCACUUUAACACAAGGCAUGCACAUGGGUUUGGGAGGAAAUCCGUAUGGACCUGCAGGCACAGGAAAGACGGAGUCUGUGAAAGCUUUGGGUGGACUGUUUGGUCGACAAGUGCUUGUCUUCAACUGUGAUGAGGGUAUAGACGUGAAGUCGAUGGGGCGUAUCUUCAUUGGGCUGGUCAAGUGUGGUGCGUGGGGCUGUUUCGACGAGUUCAACCGACUGGAGGAGGCCGUGCUGUCUGCCGUCUCCAUGCAGAUUCAGGUUAUCCAGGACGCCAUCAAGAACAAGUCGCCCAAUGUCGAACUCCUCUCCAAAAACAUCAGCAUAGACCACAACUCGGGCAUAUUCAUCACCAUGAACCCAGCCGGGAAAGGGUAUGGAGGUCGACAGAAGCUGCCUGACAACUUGAAGCAGCUGUUCCGACCGGUGGCCAUGUCGAAACCCGACAACGACCAAAUUGCAGAGGUCAUCCUCUUCUCCGAGGGCUUCAAAGAUGCCAAGAAUCUGGGCAGGAAGCUGGUGGCCAUCUUUAACCUGUCUCGAGAGUUGCUGACCCCACAGCAGCACUAUGACUGGGGACUGCGAGCUCUGAAAACAGUUCUCCGGGGUUGUGAAAACCUGCUGCAGCAGAAGAAACAGAAUGAUAAAGGCAAACUCGAUGCCAGUACAGAAGCCAAGUUGGUUGUGCAGGCAUUGCGAAUAAACACCUUGUCGAAGCUGACAUUUUCAGACUGUGCCCGCUUUGAUGCACUGGUCAAAGACAUUUUCCCAGGAAUUGAGUUCAAAGACAUUGAAUAUGAAUUGUUGGCCAAUGCAGUUCGAGAAGUGUGCAAGGAAACCAAUCUUGUUGUGAAUGAAAACCAGGUGAAAAAGUCACUGGAGUUGUACGAGCAGCUCCGACAGAGAAUGGGUGUUGUGAUUGUGGGCCCAAGCGGGUCGGGCAAGACGACGCUGUGGCGGAUCCUGCGGCAGGCGAUGAUCAAGAUGAAGAAGGAGGUGAAGCAGUACGUGAUGAACCCCAAGGCCAUGCCGCGCACACAGCUGCUGGGUCACAUCGACAUGGACACGCGCGAGUGGACCGACGGUGUGCUCACCUACAGUGCCAGGCAGGUCGUCAAGGAACCACAAGAAGUUCAGUCAUGGAUCAUCUGUGAUGGUGACAUUGACCCAGAAUGGAUUGAAUCUCUCAACUCUGUGCUGGACGACAAUCGACUUCUCACUAUGCCGUCAGGGGAGAGAAUCCAGUUCAGUCCCAAUGUGAAUUUCCUGUUUGAAACCCAUGAUUUAAGUUGUGCAUCACCAGCUACAAUUUCCAGAAUGGGCAUGAUAUUUCUCAGUGAUGAGGAUGUUGACGUGAAGGCCUUGAUUCACUCGUGGCUUGGACAGCAGCCAGAAGAAACCCAACACCUCAUAUCGUGCUGGAUUGGAGACCACUUCUACCGAGCUCUAGACUGGGUGCUCAAGCAGAAUGACUUUGUAGUUGAGACGAGCCUGGUUGGAGUGGUACUGAAUGGCUUGUCACAUCUCCACAACAUCAAGAACAGAGCUCACUUCGCCAUCAGUCUCAUACACGGGCUGGGUGCCAAUCUCAGCGAGGGAACACGAGAAGUAUUCGCCAAGGAGGUGUUUGCGUGGACCAGUGAAGUACCACCGGACAGUCGGCGACCACUGGAUACAUACUAUGACCAGGAGUUGGACCGUCUGCAGACCUACAGCAUGGAGACUCCAGAAAUUUCGUCAGUGGAUCAGUUUGUCUCCUCGUCCUCCCUCCCCGUUAUUAAGACUCACGAUGUUCAGCGCAAUCUCGACUACUUCACGCCAUGGUUACAGGCAGACAACAAACAACCAUUUAUCGUAGUCGGGCCAGAGGGCUGCGGUAAAGGGUUGCUCCUGCACCACAGCCUGGAGAACCUGCGUUCGACCAACGUGGCCAUCGUCCACUGCAGCGCGCAGACCAACCCGAGCCACCUGCUGCAGAAGCUGACCCAGUCAUGCAUGGUGAUCAGCACCAACACAGGCCGCGUAUACCGCCCCAAGGACUGCGAGCGGCUCAUCCUCUACCUGAAGGACAUCAACCUGCCCAAGCCAGACAAGUGGGGCACCUGUCAGAUGAUCGCCUUCUUACAGCAGGUUGUGACGUACAAUGGUUUUUAUGACAGUAACCUGGAGUGGGUAGGACUGGAGAAUGUCCAGAUCGUUGCUAGUAUGAACAGUGGAACGACCCUCGGCCGACACAAACUGACCCCACGCUUUACAUCCGUCGUCAGGAUCUGUGUAGUGGGAUACCCUGACCGAGAGCAGCUGCAGACAGUGUAUAGUGCCUACCUGAAGCCCAUUCUCCACCGCCAGCUGUCACACCACCCCGUGUGGGGAAAUGCGGCCAAGGUGCACGCGCUGGCAGGCUCCAUGGUCGACUUCUAUGAACAGAUGCGCCAACGAUUCACUAUUGAUGACUACAGCCACUACCUGUUUACACCGCGGGAUCUCACCAAGUGGGUGAUGAGUCUGUUGCGUUAUGACUUGAAUGCUGGUCAGAGCGAGAACACCAGCGACCAUCUGCUGGAAAUCUGGGCUUACGAAGCUCGCCGGCUUUUCCGCGAUCGCAUUGUCGGAAGUGAGGCCCAGAACAGAUUCGAUAACCUGCUUAUGUCUGUCAUUCGAGCUGACUGGUCUUGCAAUAUUUUUGAGAACAUUGAUUCGACCUACUACGUGACGUGGGGUGCGAGAUCGGAAUCUGGAGCUCCCUCAGCUGCGGCAGGAGCCCCACUGCCACUGUUUGGAAAACCGCUUGGAAAACUGGCUGUUGAUGACCUCAAGGCAGUCAUUGAGAGAGGACUCAAAAUUUACAGUCGUGAGAACCGAGACAUGGACAUCCUGAUAUUCAAGGAGGUUCUGGAUCACAUGGCUCGCGUCGACCGAGUCCUCACCAGGCCUGGCGGGUCGCUGUUACUGGCCGGGCGCAGCGGCGUGGGCAGACGGACGGCCGCUACGAUUGUCGCUCACAUGCACCAGAUGCACACAGUCUCGCCCAAAGUGUCCAGGGGCUACGGCUUGAAGCAGUUUAAGAACGACUUGAAAACUGCCAUGCAGUUGGCGGGUAUCGAUGGAGAGCAGGUUGUGUUGUUGUUGGAGGAUCACCAGUUCAUCGAGCCUCAGUUCCUGGAGUUAAUCAACAGUCUGCUGUCCGCAGGGGAGGUUGCAGGGCUGUACACCCCAGAAGAGAUCGAACCCCUCCUCACCCCUCUCAGAGAUACCAUGUCAGAGGCUGGCUUCAGGGGAACACUCAUCAGCUACUUCGCCUCUAGAGUUCAGUGCAAUCUGCAUAUUGUUCUGAUCAUGGACUCGACUAAUACAAAUUUCACUCUGAACUGUGAGAGUAAUCCAGCAUUCUACAAGCAGUGUGCAUUCCAGUGGUUGGAAAGCUGGAGUCGAGAGAGCAUGGUUCGGGUUCCCCACAUGCUGUUGACGAGAGCGCCACGGAUUGAAGGCGGAUCAAUCGGUGACCGGCAGCACAAGAAGAAGCUGUCUGGCGGUGAGGAGUUGCUCAAGUGUUUCCUGCGAGUCCACGAGUCGUGUUCUGCGCACGACGCGACGCCACGGCGGUACAUGGUCUUCCUGCACACCUACCAGCAGGUGUACAACCUCAAGAAGGAGAAGAUUGAGAAGAGGCAGCACCAUCUCCAGGCUGGCGUGUCGAAACUGAAUGACGCUAAACAUUUGGUGGAUGAGCUGAAGAGUAAAGCUGCCCAGCAGAGCCAGCUGUUGGCCGAUAAACAAUCAGAGGCUGACAGCGCUCUCCGGGAAAUCACUGUCAGCAUGCAGGAUGCAACGGACCAGCGCAAUGAGAUGGAGAUCCUAAAGCAGCAGGCGGCCGAGGAGAACCAGAAACUGGAGAAGAGGAAGAAGGCGAUCGACCUCGAGAUGGCCGACAUAGAGCCGCUCGUACAGGAGGCGAGGCGCGCCGUCGGCAGCAUCAAGACCGAGUCCCUGUCCGAGAUCCGGGCACUCCGCGCACCCCCCGACAUCAUCCGCGACAUCCUGGAGGGCGUGCUCAGACUCAUGGGAAUAUUCGACACAUCCUGGGUCAGCAUGAAGAGUUUCUUAGCAAAGCGAGGUGUCAAGGAAGAGAUUCAGACAUUUGAUGCAAGAAAAAUAUCUCCAGAAAUCCGAAAAAGUGUGGAAGAAUUGCUCAAGAAAAACAAAGCUUCAUUUGAACCAAAGAAUGCACGACGUGCCUCCGUGGUAGCAGAACCUUUGGCCAUUUGGGUCAACGCCAACGUGAAGUACUCGUAUGUUCUGGAGAAGAUUGAACCACUGGAAAGUGAACAGGCAGAGUUGAGAAGAAAUCUGGAGAAGGCUGAAUCAAGGAUGGCCAAACUGAGUCGAGCUCUAAGCGAAGUUGAUACCAAGGUCGCUGACCUGCGGAACCGAUUUGAAACACUGACAAAGGAAGCUGCUGUGUUGAAAAUUAAACUGGACAAGGAGAAGGAAACCAUCGAGGCAGCAGAACUGUUGGUUUUUAAACUGGACGGAGAAUUUCAACGGUGGAACAUUCAGGUUGGUGAGUUAUCCACAGAGCUAGGAGAGCUGCCCAAAAGAGCUUUGCUGGCUGCGGCCUUUGUGACCUACUUGUCGAGUGCCCCGGAAGAUGUUCGUAAGAAGUUCCUCAACAACUGGAUGGAGAUGAUGGGAGUGCAAGGCUUUGACCUGCGCCGAUUCCUCAGUACAGAGAGUGAGCAGCUCAUGUGGAAGGCUGAGGGCUUGCCCUCAGAUGACCUGUCCAUGGAGAAUGCCCUCGUUAUUCUACAGAUAAAUAACAUACCAGUUGGGAGCUCGCUAAGACCAUUCUUGAUAGACCCGUCGUCAAGGGCAACGGACUGGCUGAAGACUCACCUGAAGGAGAGUCGUCUGGAGAUUGUAAACCAGCAGGACGCCAAUUUCACAACUGCUGUAGAGCUAGCUGUCCGGUUUGGCAAGACACUCAUCAUUCAAGAGCUGGAUGGAAUAGAGCCCAUUUUGUAUCCCCUGUUGAGGGGCGACCUCACGGCACAAGGACCACGUUAUGUUGUUCAGAUUGGUGAAAAGACCAUUGACUACAAUGAGGAGUUCCGAAUGUUCCUUACGACUCGGAAUCCCAAUCCGGAGAUCCCGCCUGAUGCUGCGUCUGUGAUCACGGAGGUUAACUUCACGACCACCAGGGCUGGUCUUACAGGACAGUUGCUGGCAAACACGAUUCAGCAUGAGAAGCCGGAGCUGGAAGUGAGGAAAACAGAACUGCUCAGACAGGAGGAGGAUCUCAAGAUACAGUUGGCCAAGCUCGAGGAUUCACUGCUAGAGGAACUUGCCAAUGCGAAGGGCAGCAUACUGGAGAACAAGGAACUGCUGGACUCUCUGAACAAGACCAAGGCCAGCAGCAUUACAAUCAGUGACUCGCUCACAGAGUCCGUACGGCUACAGGCUUCCCUCGAUCAGGAGCGGAACACUUACCUGCCGCUAGCAGAGAGUGGAAGCUGUUUGUAUUUUGUGAUCCGAGACCUGGCCAAGAUCAACAACAUGUACCGCUUCAGUCUGGCUGCCUUCCUCAGACUCUUUCAGCGAGCGCUCAUCAGUAAACAUGAUGGCAGUGGUACUGAAAUGAGGAUACAGACUUUGACAAACCGCCUGCAGUAUUUUAUGUACGAGUAUGUGUGUCGUUCUCUAUUCAAGGCUGACCGUCUUAUGUUUGCCAUGCACAUGGUGUAUGGUACAAAACCUGACCUGUUCCAAGAAAAUGAGUGGGAUGCAUUCAGUGGCAUACUGGUGGCUGAUAUCAAGGGAGACCACCAAUGUCCAGCGUGGGUGGACCAGGAAAGAGCUCAGGCUGUCAGUGCUAUGAAGGCUAACUUCCCUUCUUUGUACCAACAACUAAACAUGGAUGACACCAACUUGUGGUCCAAUUUUGCCCGCAGCAGCCAGUGUGAACAAGAAUUCCCGUCAGUUAUCCAGAAGAAAACCACAGCCUUCCAGCAAGUGCUUGUGGUACAGGCUGCUAGACCUGACCGACUGCAGAGUGCCAUGAGCCAGUUCGCUUGCAGAGCAUUGUCUAUGAAGGAGCUGUCGCCAUCCAGUGUGAGUGUCAAGAAGCUGUACAAGGAAACCUUGGCAACAGAACCUAUUCUCAUAGUUAUUUCCCCCGGUGCUGAUCCAUCACAAGAGCUGCAGGAGAUGGCACAGGAAAUAAUUGGCCUCGAUAAAUAUCACCAGGUUGCGAUGGGUCAAGGUCAGGCAGACCUGGCAAUGCAGUUGCUUCACGAGUCUUCACAAAAUGGCGAGUGGCUCUGUCUGAAGAAUCUCCAUCUUGUCACAGCAUGGUUGCCAUUGCUGGAAAAAGAAAUUAACAUGAUGAAGCCUCAUGAAGACUUCAGACUAUGGCUGACAGCAGAGGUACACCAAAAAUUCCCAACCAUCCUGCUACAAUCGAGUCUGAAAAUCACUUACGAAGCACCUCCAGGAGUAAAGAGAAAUUUGAUGCGCACAUUUGAGUCGUGGAGUCCUGAGUACAUAAGUCGUGGUGGCAGCGUCAUUAGGAGUCAGGCACUAUUCGCUCUGGCCUGGUUCCAUGCUGUUGUACAGGAACGACGCACAUACAUUCCACAGGGUUGGACAAAGUUUUAUGAGUUUUCACUUGGUGAUCUCCGUGCUGGAGCCAGUAUUAUUGACAGACUCUGCCAAGGAUCAGGUCAGGAUGUACAGUGGCUGUUCAUUCACGGACUCUUUGAGAAUGCCAUCUACGGUGGCCGGGUGGACAACCCCUUUGAUGUGCGUGUGUUGGUGACAUACUUGAAACAGUUCUUUGAUGCCAGUGUGCUGUCGCCACAGGGCAAGAACAAGAGACUGGGACCCCUCCACCUGCCCACAAGCACCAACUAUAGGGACUUCACAGAAGUAAUAGAAUCUCUACCAGAAUUUGACAAGCCGUCGUUUUUCGGGCUACCAGAAAACAUUGAGCGAUCGACACAGAGGAUCAUCAGCAGCCAGGUGAUAUUACAGCUCAGAAUUCUACAGCGCUCGGACAUCAAGGCCAGCAAGUUCGACAAGGAAGUCUGGGCCAACCAGCUCAGCCCCAUUCUCAACUUGUGGAAGAAACUCAACCAGGGCUCACAGCUGAUUCAGAUGAAAGUUGCUCCACCAAGCGAAAAGACCGGCAAGUCAUCUCCGAUCGUUUCAUUCAUUCUUCUCGAGCGCUACAACGCUGUGAAGCUUGUACAGAGCGUCCACCAAUCACUGGCAGCGCUGAGCAAGGUCAUCAGGGGCACACAACUCCUCACUAAUGAGGUGCAGAACUUGGCAGCAGCUCUUCUCAACCAAGAGACCCCGAUAAUCUGGCAGAACCGGUGGGAUGGGCCCGAGGAUCCUCUGCACUACCUGCGCGGUCUGGUCACCCGGGCGAUUGCCAUCCAGUCAUGGGUGGAGCGCGCCGAGACAGAAAGCCUCCUGACUCAGACCCUCGAUCUGUCGGAACUCUUUCAUCCAGACACCUUCCUCAACGCCUUCCGACAGCAGACAGCCAGGGAGAUACAAUGUUCCAUGGACAGUCUUAAGUUUGCCUGCACGUGGCAAGGGUCGAUCCAGGGGGCACGCACGACCAUCAGGAUUGGGGGGCUACAGCUGGAGGGAUGUAGUUUCGAUGGGUCAAGAUUGUCUGAAAACCAGCGAGACUCACCCAGCAUCUCGGCUAUUCCUCCAUGCAGCGUUGCCUGGAUACCAAAGGAGGCACCAGAGCCCUAUGGGUUGGAUAAAGUCAUCUCUAUGCCCAUCUACUACAGCAGUGCUCGGGAUCACAUCAUUGCACGCAUGAACGUUCCAUGUGGGGGAAACCAGAACGUUUGGCUUCUGAGUGGUGCGGCCUUGUUCCUCAAGAACGUGUAACAUCGCGUACACCGAGUGACUGAUUUAAACAUAGAUUUAAACACAGACUUAAUACAUUUAUAGUCCAUCACACAGGGAAAGGCUUUUUUUUUUUUUCAUGCUAUGGAAUUUACUACAAGUUAUUUAUUUCUGAGACAAUUGGUGUUGCAUUUACCAUAGUUUGACACCCUGAUGUAUUUUUCGUGCUGGGAUGUCAUUAAAC